AUGGAGGAAAAUAAGAAAACCAACCAGACUUUAAGUGUUGAAGAACUUAAAGUUAAGGGCAAUGAAUGUGUAAAGGAUGGAAAGUAUAUUGAGGCUGUUCUGCAUUAUACACAGGCUAUAAAAAUGGAUCCUAAUAACUAUCUCUUAUACAGCAACAGAUCAUUUGCUUUUCUGAAGUUAGAUCAACAUUAUCUCUCACUACAAGAUGCUAAUGAAACCGUUAGAUUACAGCCACAGUGGGCGAAGGGCUACUUUCGUCGUGCUGAGGUCGAAGCAGCGAGCGAACUUUACGACGAAGCAAUAAUAUCAUACACAAGAGCAUUACAAUUAGAUCCUCAAAAUGUUAAGCUAAUGGAAUCCAUCAAAAACAUUUCUGAUAUGCAAAAAAAGAAAAUUAAAGAUAGUCAAAACAUAAUAUGGAUAUGUACUUGUGUGGGAUUAAUCUUUGGAAUUGGUAUUGUUGUUUUGGAUUACAGUUUAACUGCAAAUCCAACAUUAUCGCAUCCCUUUAGCAUGGUAGCAUUUGCGCUUGCCCUUGCAGGUAUGGGCUGGGCAAUAGGAAAGAGUGUCAACUUAAUGAGUUCUAUGAGUGCUGGCAAAUCCUUACAACCUCCGGAGGACUUAGGUGUAAAUGACAAUUCAAAUGAAAAAGAUACAACAGUACCUGAGAAAAAAUCAAAGUACAGUAAGGCACAAGCCAGACAAAGAUAUAAGCAAGGAAAACUAUAG